AUGGCAGCUGCCGGCGCGGCAGUGGCGGCGCCCGUGGGAAUAGGGAUGUACGCAUGGAUGGACGCCGCCUGGCCGUCUUCCGCCGCAGCAGUCGCGGCCGGCAAGUUCACGCUCGAUCAGAUUGUGGGCUGCGCGAUCUGGCAGGCUGCCUACUGCUCGCUGCCGGGCAACGAAUGGUACCGGGACAUGCUCACGGGCGCCGCCCGCUCGGCCGCCGGCGGUGUCGACGGCGGCGUGCGCGACGCGGUGGCCUACGCCGCCGCAAUGAGCCAGAUGGUGCUGCCGGCGCCGGCAACAUGCUGA